ACUUCGCAAUGUGAUGUCACUAAAACAAAUGUACCACCUUUGAGACUUUAUUUGUUGACAUUUACUGGUGAACGAGUUCUACCGGAAGUUAUUGAGACGAAGACGAUAUUGAUGAAAUUGACCACAAACCAUGUUAUGACACUCUAGUUUAUGCAUAUCAAAUAAUGAACCAUUGAAUCAAUAUUUCUAUCAAGCAAUUGUUUUGACACUUUCAAUCUUCUGUACCUUACGACAUGUUAUCAUUUUAUUAGAAUCAUCUUCGGAUAGGCACAUAUUCGGAUCAAUUGAACUACACGGCAAAGUACUACAAAUCGUAUGCUCAAAGUCUUAUUAACAAGUACUUCGUCUUUGAGGCUAUGGGAAUAUGAAAAUGAAGAUUGAAAUGAAGAUGGAGAGAGCGAGUCUUUUUAGACAGUGGAAGAUUCUGGUUUGGAAAAAUUACCUGUUGAAGAAAAGGAACAAGAAGUAUACACUGCAGGAAAUCUUAACACCUCUCUACAUGCUGUUACUGAUGGUGAGUGUGAACGCCUUGGUUCAGAGUCGCUCAUCUCCAGAAUUGCACAGCUUCCCUGAAUAUAACAUAGCGAACAAGUCACUUCAUAGACCUUUGUCAGGGCAUAUUUUAGUUGUACCUGAUAAUGUACGAGUUCGAGAUAUUAUGAAUACAACAGUCAACAUUUUAGAGGCACAGUUUGAUGCUGAAAAUAUUGAACUGAAAUUCUUUUCAACAGAAGAGAAGGCAGCAAACUUUUACCAAUCAGGUGAAGAAAAUGUUUUUGCUGGAAUAAUUUUUAAAUUUGGCCGAAAUCAAAGUUUUGGGGACUUUCACUAUGUCAUACGGUUUCCUUUCACUGAUAUAGAUGUUGCCAAUUUCCUGUACAGAGAUCAGUCUCAAUGUCGAACUUUGGAUGGUAGUAAUAACAAAGAUAAAUGUGACGCCAACAUAUAUCUACAUACUGGAUUUGCGGCUCUGCAAACAGCAGUUGAUUCAGCCUUAGUCGGGCAAAUUAUGAAAAAAACACCAAUUUUUCCACGGGUAAAGGUUAAGAUGAUGCCAAAACCAAGCUUUCAGCCUGAUACCAAAGCCACACAAAUAAGAUCUGCAGUUUUUUUUGUAUUAGCUUAUUCUCCAUUACUUAACGUAUUAGUUAUUACUCUGGUUGCUGAAAAAGAGAAGAAAUUGAAGGAAAUCAUGACAAUGAUGGGUCUUCGGGAAGUAGCACUCUGGUCUUCUUGGGCUGCUGUAUAUGCUGUGUUGAUUGCCAUAGUAACUUUGUUAGUAACUUUUAUUGCCUGGGUGGCACAGAUAUUUGUCAACAGUAACAUGCUGAUUCUGUUUUUAAUGCUAUACAUGUAUGGGCUGUCAAUUAUUACUGCCUCAUUUACCAUUACAACUUUCCUCAACAAGACUGUGAUUGCAGGAGCAGUAACCAACAUUUUGACCAUUCUGAUUGGCAUACUGUAUUUCGCGGUGGCAUUCACGCAGACACCGACAGCUACAGGGUUGAGUUACUCUAUACCCUUCUCGGCUCGAUGCCUGCUGUGUCUCCUUUCACCCUUUAGCCUGGCAAUUGCCAUUGACCAGACUGUUUUCCUCGACUUGGGGGGCUCUGGGCUGACAUUUUCUACUCUUACAUCUGGAGAGUUCCCGGUACUGGUACCACUUGCGUUUUUGAUCCUGGACACUGGGCUCUAUUUUCUACUAGCACUGGUCUUUGACAGGAUAUUGCCAAAAGAUAACGGCACUGGGCAACCCCCCUGUUUCAUGUUCCGGUCAUCUUCCCUGCACACUUCCGUACGGAAAGCUUUACGGGAGAUUGUGGAUAUGGCGAGAGAAACAGAAGAGGAUACGGGGGUUGAUGAAGAGAUGGUUGAACCUGUGAGCAAUGAAAUCAGGCAGAAACUGGGAAUAAGCAUCAACAACAUGACAACGGUUUUUGGGAAAGGCAAGGAAAAAGUUAUGGCAGUAAAUGGAUUAAGCCUGGACAUAUACGAGGACCAAGUGACAGCGAUACUAGGACACAAUGGAGCCGGUAAAACCACCACUCUCAACAUUCUAACAGGGCUUAGCAAGGCAACCUCUGGCACCGCACAUAUUUUAGGACUGGAUGUGUCCCAGCCCUCAAACAUGGUGAAGAUUCGCAGCAUGAUGGGUGUUUGUCCCCAGGAAAACAUUUUGUUUGAUGAUCUCACCUGUGCUGAACACCUGACAUUAUUUGCCGCCAUCAAAGGAGUGAAGCAGAUUGAACAAGAGGUUAAAUUGGCACUAGAGAGGGUAAAAUUGACUGAUCAGAAGGACACUCUAUCAUCAGCAUUGAGUGGGGGACAGAAGAGGAAACUGUGUUUGACAAUUGCUCUCAUAGGAGAUUCAAAGCUACUCUUUUUGGAUGAGCCAACUGCAGGGGUUGACACUGACUCACGUAGACAUAUUUGGUCAGUUCUCAAGGGCUUAAAGAAGGGCAGAAUCAUUGUCCUUAACACCCAUGUUAUGGAGGAGGCUGAUAUACUGGCAGACAGGAAGGCUAUUAUAACCAAGGGAACCCUCAAAUGCUGUGGUUCUUCUGUUUUUCUGAAGAAUAGAUUUGGCAUUGGGUAUCAUUUAAACGUAGUUUUGAGAGCAGACACAACCCAUGAAGAUGUUCAUAGCUAUGUAUCGAAGUUCAUUCCCGGACUUAAGAUUGGCAAGGUGCAUAAAAAGGAAGUGGAUUUUGUGUUACCGUUGACACAGGUCAGCAAGUUUCCAGCACUUUUUGCUGGGCUGGAGGAGGAGAUGGCCAUGCCAGUCUGGAAGAGCCUCGGUGUGAUCAACUAUGGUAUCUCCAUGACAACACUGGAGGAAGUCUUCCUACAAAUUGGGAAAGAAGGUGAAAACUCGAAGCUUAAGGAUCUGAAAAAUAAACACCCUGUGCCGUACAAAGAUGACGAGCAGUUGCUAAGCAGUAGCCAAUUGGAGGUUGAGGAUGAAGACAACUAUAAUGAGACAGACUUUUCAAAACUUCAUUGUGGGAAACUUCUAUCAGGAAAACAACUCAAAUGGGAGCAGUUCAAAGCUGUGUUGUGGAUGAGGAUACUAAAUGAUAAAAGAAACAAGGGCCAGCUCUUACUCCAAGUAUUUAUCCCAAUGUUUUUGAUGAUAUCAGGCCUUUCACUCUCAAUGGUGCUGGGAAAAGUUCCUAGGGGUGAGCAUCCCAAUGAAUUUGCCUUGAAAGCAUUUUACUAUACAACCAUGAAGGGAUUUAUGCCGUAUGAGGGAAGGUAUGGUAAAACUCCUGGUACGCUUGUUCCAGAUACUUCAGAAUCCAUAGGGGGCUUUCUGAGCGAUCUUUCAUCAGUGAGAGCUAAUUUUGAUGAUUCCACCGAUCUUUUGGACACAAAGUUUGCACCACAUUACUUGGGCAUCAACUUAACUAAACUACAGAUGGAUGAUAAAAGAGUUUCAGGCCUUGAGUUCACUCUGUUGUAUAAUGAUAGUGCCAUUCACGCCAUCCCCGUUUUAAUUAAUCUCAUGAGCAACUGCCUACUGAAGAGACUAGCACAUCUGUCGGGGAUCUCACACCAUGAUUAUAGUGUCAGCAUUAGCAGUAUGCUGUGGCCAUCAUCGUUAUCACCAUACUCUAUUACGUCCAUUAUUGGCCUGAAUACAUUUGCUCUUGCCUUCGUAUUUUUACAAACAAGGAUGGGAUUGGACAUUGUCAAAGACAGACAGGAUAAGAUACGAAGCCAGCUGCGCAUUGCUGGGUUACCAUGGUGGCUUUACUGGGUUAGCUACGCAACAUUGGACAUGAUCAAGUUUGCUGUACUAGUCCUGCUGUACACUAUUCUGGUAGUGGCAUUUCAGGUGCCCAGCCUAAGCCAUGGAGGAGCCAUUUUAACCCUACUCCUGAUAUGCCUCACAUAUAUGCCAGCCAGUGUACUAUUUGUCUAUGUGACCUCGUUCAUCUUUAAGAAGUGGGUAAUGGCACAGGUUCUUCAUCCUCUUAUGAUAAUUAUGGGUGCAAUGAUGGCUUUCCUGGUGGUUGUAACAGCUGAUUUUGGUGACUUAUGGUCCACCGCCAGCCUCUUACAUGUGAUCUUCUGUAUCAUUGUGCCUCCGUACACCAUAUAUGGUGGGCUUCUAUACAUUGAUAAGGUGCACAGGAAUGCUGAGCUGGCCUCGGAUGGUAUUUCUUUUGGGGAAUAUUUUACUGGUGAAAUACUGGCCGCAAUCCUCAUUCCUAUCUUUCAUGUUGUCCUGAAUCUCUAUCUACUAAGAAUCCUUGAUGGUCCAAACUCAGGGGGCUCAUACUUAGGGCCCCUAAAAUCCCUAUUCACAAGAACAAGAAAGCGAAAACACCAGUACACUCUACUAGAUGACGAUGAUGAUAUCACUGUUGACAUUGAUAUAGAGGAUGAAGAUGUUAGGAUGGAAAGGAGAAGAGUGCAAGCAUUCAAGUUUGAAACACAGGAUUAUGUUAAAUACAAGAAUAAUCAGAAUGAGGAGGCUGCAAAUCUUAUACAGGGAAAUGCGGAGGUGCCUGCAUGUAUGGUAUGUGGUGUUAGGAAAGAAUAUCCCAAACCUGGUGCCCGUCGCUGUUGUUGUUGUUGGGGGAAAGGCAAGGUUCACGUUGCCGUUGACAACUCGUCAUUUGCGGUUCGGAGGGGUGAGGUGUUUGGCUUGCUGGGACCAAACGGAGCAGGGAAAUCAACAACAUUGAGCUUGAUUACGGAUGAUGUGAAACCGAAUAGGGGUCAGAUCUCCAUCUGUGGCUUAAACAACCAUUCCAGCCAGUUCACAAGUCUUCACCCAAUGGGGUUCUGUCCCCAGGUGGAUGCCCUCUGGGCCUCCCUCACCCUUAAAGAACACCUUGAGUGCUACGCCCAGAUCAGGGGCCUGUCCAGGGAGAAGAGGCGUGUGGUUAUCAACUUUUUACUGAAAUACUUAAAUCUUAAGGAAGAUGCAGACAAACUAACUCCUGUACUUUCUGGAGGAACCAAGAGAAAGCUUAGCUACUGUAUGAGCAUCCUGGGUAAUCCAUGUGCAGUGUUACUAGAUGAGCCCUCCACUGGAAUUGACCCACACGCUAAACAAUUACUCUGGAAGAUGAUACUUGGUUCAGUGAAGAGUUUGGACUGUGGGGUGUUACUGACCACACACAAUAUGGAGGAGGCGGAUGCUCUGUGUUCCAGGAUAGCUAUCAUGGUCAAUGGGAAACUCGAAUGUCUUGGCUCUGGUCAACAUUUGAAGAACAAGUUUGGUAGCAAUUACAUCCUUGAUGUUAAAUCAAAGACAGCAAUAGAAGAAAAGCCCAAUCGAGAAGUCAUGGAUAGGAUAAAAGCCUAUGUCAGUAAACAUUUCCCAGGGGCGGAGAUUCGGGAGGAGUUUGAUGAUCGAGCCCAGUUCAAAAUACCACGCACAAGCAUUGCAUCCUUGGCAAGGGCUUUCUCCCUGUUGGAAGAAGCUAAGACAAGUGAUCUUGUCGAGGAGUACAGCUUUACCCAACCAACUUUGGAGCAGGUGUUUUUGGAAUUUACUCGGAACCAACAGAUUGAUGACUUGACCAAACAAUAGACUGACAUACACCAACACCUGAAUUGUUUGUGUUUUACGGUGUAGAAAAUAAUAGACUGACUUACACCAACACCUGCAUUGUUUGUGCUUUACUGUGUAGAAAAUAAUAGACUGACAUACACUCAAACCUGAAUUGUUUGUGGUUUACAGUGAAGAUAAACAUCAAAUAAACCCAAAUGAUCCUACUUAACACACAUAUACUUAAGGAAUAGUUAAAAAUGUGUUAGUUUAUUCUAAUUUCUUUAAGCUUGAUUGCUGAAGCUAAAAGAAUCACUCUCGAGUCUGUUUCCUGGGUAGAAACCAGGUCUGGUGUCCAUUUUGAGAUGCCGUGAGAAAGUACCCCUGGUGGAGAUCGAACCCUCAACCUCUUGGUUCAUUGUAAAACGGGAAUCUGUAAAAUGGACUACUUGCUCUAAUAAUCAUAUUGUACAACUUCGUAUUGUGCAGAACUUGUUAUGCUCCCUUCGAAGAAGAUGCUCAUCAUAUUGGUUUGUAAAUGUUAGUAUGUCUGUUGGAUGGUCGUUCCUUCGGUAGAUCAUGUCUGGUCCAAACAAUGAUUCGAUACUUGUUUUACAUACGACCAUUAAACCUUCAGUUUCCAUGUUGCUCUUGAGCAGUAGAUAAUCCUAUUGUUUUAGGGGUCAGUAGGUAAAAGUUAAAGGCCCCUGUCAUUGCAUUUUUUCAAAUAACACUUAGUCUAGCAAAUGCUUCGUUCCAAAUGCCACAAAGAGGGGCCUUAUGUUAUAAAAUCAUCUUUUUGUUUGGAAAUGUAAUUUUCAUGAAUUGUUUGAAUGUUAGCUAGAUGUGAAUUUUACGAUGUAAUGGUUCAUUUUCGUUAUCAGUACCGGUACAUGUUUAUAUUUUCAUAAACAAUUCUAUGAAGUAGUGGUUCUUGUUUCUAUGAAAUUUGUAUUUGUAUGAAGUAAUUGAUUAUAUUUUCAAGGGCUAACAGAUUAUACUACUGCUAUUUUGUUUCAUGUUGCCCGACAUUGUGAUGUCCAAAAAUAUAUUUUUAUAACUAUUUAUUUAUUUACACUUUGUAUAAAUACUCUCUUGUCUCUUAUAAGAUAUUCAGGCAAUGAGGUUCGUGUAUUUAUUGUGUUGAUAAAUGCGUUGAAAAACAUAUCACUUCUAUGGAAUGUCUGUGAUAAGGUAGUUUAUGUGCAUAAUAUGUUGUUGAGGAUUUGCCAUUAUGUGCAUUUGUUCUUUUAAAUUGGUAAAUUGUGUUGUUUCCACAUUCAAAUGUGUAUAUGUUUUUUCAUCACAAUAGUGUAACACCCAGUUUCCACUCAUUAGAUGUGCAAAUACUUGUUCUCAGUUGAUUUAUACAUGUAUUUUAGAUGUUAUUUGGAUGUUGUUUAAACAAAAGCAUUUAUACAAGACUUGUUUGUGCUAUAGGUAUUGUUAUGAAUAUUUACAAUAUUUUACAAUCUUUAUAACCAUUUAUUGAAUUCUUACCAUAAAGAUUUGACUGUUAAUGCAUUGAUUUAUUUACUUGUGAAUGUUAUUAUGUAUCCUCAUAAUCUGUUAUGUCAGUUUACCUAUUUGAUGUCUGGCCCUAAUAGUGUGGGUUCUCAAAUCAUGACGUAUCAUACCGGUACUCAUGGUACUUAAUUCAAUGUUCCACAUUCUCUUGUACUAUAGGAAAAGUUCAUGCCGCAUAUAAUUAUACAUACAUGUUAUAUAUAUUUUAAUAAAAUGUUACAAUAA